AUGGCUCCAAACGGAACUCCUACCCCAGCAGAGUCCGAAGACUGGCAAACAGCCCGGACCAAGCGACCUGAUUCCGGAAUCGACAUCAAAGACGACUAUGUCCUCACUCGUGACGCCUCCGCUUCCGCACGGCUGAAUCUCUCGCAUUACAUCUGGCAGUCUUCGUUCGGCUUCAAUCUCCACCCACGAAUCCAAGAAGCCGUCGCCGGAAAAGAGAAUCUCCAAGUCGCAGACAUUGGAACAGGAACAGGCAUCUGGCUCCUCGACAUGGCCAACCAACUCCCACCAUCCACCCACUUCGACGGCCUCGACAUUUCCUUCAGCCAGUGCACACCCCCCGCCUGGCUCCCCUCGAACAUAACCCUCCGCCAAACCGACGUCCUGCAACCUCCACCACCCGAGCUCCUCUCCAAAUACGACAUCAUCCACAUUCGGCACUUCGUCUGCGUAGUCGCUUCCAAUGACCCCGCACCUCUCCUCCGAAAUCUCCUCGCAAUGCUGAAACCCGGCGGAUGGCUCCAAUGGGGCGAAUGGGAUGUCCUGAACCGACACUUCACCAAAGUCUCACCAGAAACACCACAAGUCUGCAUCGAUGCUCUAGGCGAGGAACUGGCGAAACUCCGACCAUCCCGCCAACCGGACUGGACGAGUCGGCUGGACGAAUACAUGUUGCUGGAAAAUGUGGAGAUGGUGAUGAUGGAGAAGCGGCUGAGUAGCGUCGGUCAUUUGCCGGCUAUGCAUGAUUUGACGAUGCUUGUGUUUCAGGAGUUGAUUGAUGGGGUGGAGAGCAGGGGAUUGUUGGGGCAGGAGAAAGUGAGGGAGUUGAGGACGUUGCUUGGUGGUGCGGUGAGGGAGAGUCGGGCUGGUGUGGCGUGGAAUUUGACGAGGUGUAUGGCUGUGGGGAGGAAGGGGGUUGAUGGGAGAGGGAGGGCGUUUUUGAACUAG